AAUUCAAACAAUGAAAAGAAAAAAUUCCCGAACUAACCCUAAAGAUUCACCACCGAUUCGAACCUCAUUUACCGCCGAAAUCCGGAGCUCCGAGAAACAAUUCAGUUCUGCAAAAGCUGGUGAGCCUAAAACUUCGGAGUACGCAUUUUUUAAAAAAUUAAAGACAAAUGCAGGCCACAGAUCGCAUUCUCGUGCAUUGGAUAAGGAGGAAAUGGGAUCGAAAUUGUUGAGUUUAAGUGACCACUCUAAUGCGGAGUGGGGUGGCGCGAUCAAGAAUAACUUCAAUGACUUCAGAUUGCCAGUUGAAGACGUACCAUGUCUUAAUCCAGGCUUAUUCCUCUCACCUGUUGUUAAGGUUCAUGUGAAGAGAGCUGCUACAGAUUUUGGGGAUAUAUGCAGUACAAGGAAAAGCAUGGAGGAAUAUAGCAUAGCUGGGAGACCUCAGGGAAUUCGGAAUCAGCAAGAAGAUCUCUUUUCCAGAAAGAGACAGAAGCUACAUCAGUGGGUUACAGAUACUUCGUUUCCUGAAAUCAGAGAACUCUGUUCAAAAGGGUAUGAUUUUGUUUCUGUGCUCCUCAGUCGGCUGUUCCCACAGAUCAAUGAAGAAUAUAGUUUCAAGAUUCCAGAGUCUGUGCAAGGGGAGAGCAAUACUUUACUUUCUUGGCCUCAUUCAAAUAUUCACUUAGAGAAGCCUCAUUACAUGUCCACAAGAAACAUUACAGACAUUGAAUGUGACCCAUGCUUGCAAGAUGGAAUGUUAACUUGUUGGAUGGACAGAUCGAGAGACACAGCUCUUACAAAUUCUGAUUCUAGAACCUGUCAUGGUCACAACACGCUUCUUGAUUACAAUCUAAGGGAAACUAGCCAUGAAUUGGGAGGAAUAAGAAAUACAAUUCCGUGGAUCGAUGGCAGUUCUGCUUUUAGUUCUCCUUCCAAAAAUGAUGGAUAUCUUCCUCCUAUUUGUGUCAAAGAGCUGGAUGAUUUCCAGUAUUUAGAUGGUUCGUUGUUUGGAAGAGAGAAACACCCUCUGCUGCUUGGAUGGGAUUUCCCAAACGUGACAAAAGAAAGAUGUUCUGCGGUUAAUUCCAAAAAUACAGAGUUGGUCACUUAUUCAACAGCUUCAACUCCAUGGGGUAAAAAUCAUGACCGGAAUCUGGAUGAAGGAUAUGAGUUACUUGAUGCUAGUGAGCUUUGUGUGUCCUCCGUAAUUUGCAAGUAUCCUCCAAACUUUUAUGCAUUACCACAUUCCUCUUCAACCAGCUAUGGCAAACAUGAGUUUGGAAGUAAAUUUUUAGAGGAUCACGAGGAAGAUACAGCGGAAGAUUUGAACCGUUAUUCUUUGGCAUUAUCACACGCGCCAAACAACCUUUGUGUAGCUGAAGAUUUCAAUCAUUACACCACAUACAAAGGUAGCAGGACCCCCCUUUCUCCUCGAAAUCAUCACUGGUUUCCAAGGGAGGUUUCCAUUGAGAGGCAUCGGGAUCCUGGUACAGAAGCUCACCUGUCCUCUGAAGUUGAUUUUUGUUUAGGAAGGAAUUGCUUAUCGAUCAAAGGUUCCUCAAAUAUGCAUUAUUCGUCCAUUGAUGCUGCUGUUCAGGGUCACCAAAAGGAAAGCAUAUUUUCACACUUCCUCGAUGAGGACAAGUACGAGAAUUUCCUGGAAUUUAAUAGUUUGAGUCACAUGGGAGUGCUUAAUCAUAUUAGGAAAAAUAUAGUUGACAUAUGUGACUGGUCAUCUUUCUUUUUCAGAUGACCCUGGACAAACAAAAAGCA